AUGGCGCAUCGGGAGAAGCUUCCAUGGGAGUUGAUUGAAGAGAUACUCUCUCGUGUCCCACCUAAAUCUCUUGUUCGCUUCAGAAUCAUAUCGAAACAAUGGAACGCUCUUUUAGACGACAAGACGUUCAUGAACAACCACAAGAUGACGUUUAGGUUCAUCCUAGCAACUAAAUCCAAGAUUUAUUCGGUAAGCAUUGAUCCCGUGAUAGUGGUACGUGAGUUAACCUUAGGUACUCCCGGUUUAAAAUCUUUGAAACUUGAAAACUUGGUUGAUUGCAAUGAGUUGUUGCUAUGUGGCAAGAAGAGAGGAGCUGUUGCAUGGAACCCAUGGUUGGGGCAGAGUAGAUGGAUCAAGCCGAGUUUAAUUAAAGGUUCUUAUAUGGAAGUCGACGGCAUAGUAUACGACAAUAAGAAAUACAAGAUGGUUGCUUUUUCCUCUGGGAAGGAAGAUGAUCACUUUGACAUGUGGAAAAUUUAUGACUUUGCGUCCGAUGUGUGGAUAGACUACAAGUCAGAACCUGGUAACAGUAGUAGCCCAAACGCUGUUAGUGGUGAAAGUGCUGUAUCCUUGAAUGGAACUUUGUACUGGGUCUGUUUUCGUGAAGAGAACGAUCCCUUGUGCUACCACAUUCGUAAAUUCGACUUCUCGAGCGAAAAGUGGAAAAUAUUUUGUGAUCUACCAUGUGGGAGAAACCAUGAUGGGGAUGCUCUCGUGCUUAGGGCCUUUAGGGAAGAUCGGUUUUCGUUGCUAAAGCAAUGCAUUGUCACAAAGAAGAUUGAUAUUUGGGUGACCGAGAACAAGAUUAACUAUGAGAAUGGUGGUGAUGUGGUUUGGAUGAAUUUCAUGACUUUGUCUAGUCCUAACUUGCCGGGUUUAGUCGACAACGUACACUACUCUCAGCCAAGUUAUUUCAUCGAGGGUAAGAGACUCGUGGUGUGCUCUUGCGACAACACUGGUCAGGCUUGGAUCUAUGUUUUGGGGGAUGAUAAGUUGAUCAGUAAAACUCGUAUAUUAGAUUAUGUGGUUGAUCCUUGGCCUUUGCACUGUACCUUUGUUCCCAGUUUGGUACCUUUAUUCUCAGUUUAG